AUGGCACCAUCUAGCCAAGAAAAGGAGAAGAAGUCCAGAUGGCGCUCCAUGCUAGGAGGUCAUAACGACACUCGGGCAGAUGAAGCCAGUCACCUUAGACCUGGUCCAAGUCCGAAGGACUCUGCCUACGGUGGCUCUGAGCGAACAGCAUCUGAGCAGCCAUGUACACGACCACAAUCAGCAGAGCCAUCAGAGACAAAGGUCAAGAAAGAUCCAUACACAGGAAACAUCGUGACUACGACAAUCACUACCACAACAACCACCACUACAGUCACUACGGGCUCUGGGGAGCACAUCAAGACUGAAUCGACGCCGACAGCAGAGGCAGAUGCCACAGUUACAGUUCGUAACUCAGGUGAACCUACAAGCGCCCCAACUGCGGCGCACGUCAGACCAGCCAACCAGCAAGAAAAUGAAAUUAAACAUGGACAUCCAGAGUCCCGACACGGUGCAGCGCCUGGAACGUAUAAUCCCGCCGCCCACCUCACAAAUCCUGCCGAGCUUGAUGCACCUGUCCCUGGCGCAGCAUCGGCAGAAGAAGAGGGCCCUCCAAUACCGGCGAAGAGCAACAGACGUAUCUCAAGAGAAAUGAACUACCAGCCACCGCGACCGAUAAGUGAGGUCACGGAACCGCCUGUAUCGCCGAUCGGCAGCCCAUCACAGCAUAACUUUUCCUACCCUGCAAGGACCUCACCACACCAAAGUCAGCAGCCAUCACAAAGUCAGGAGCCACUUCAAGGUGAGCGAUACCACCAAGAUCAGAAGCCAUAUCAAGGUCAGGGGGCACAUAAAGACAAACAGCCUCAUCAAGAGCAGCAGGCCUAUCAGCCAUAUCCAGGUCACCCAACGUCUCAAGGCCAGCAACCGUACUCGAGCCUGCAAACGUCUCAAGGCCAGCAACCGCAUUCGAGCCUGCAAACGUCUCAAGGCCAGCAACCAUAUUCGAGCUUGCAGACAUCUCAUGGCCAGCAUGCAUAUCCAAAUCAGCAGGCAUAUCAGGGUCAACGAUCCCCCCCAAACCAAGCUUCCAGUCCAGCGCAACACAUAGCACCUGAUGGCACAACCCGACCAGGCCAACGACCUGGAACGUUCCAAAAUUUGAAGGUAGCUGCGGCGGGUAUACAUGGAGCGGGUGAGACACUCCGCGGCACGCUCAACUCUUCGAUUGACCGACAUAUCGGACAUGCACCUCCCGAAAAGUUGGCGGCACAUGAGCAGGUCGUGGCUCAUGGAGCAUCUGAGAUUGAGUCGGGCAAACUCUAUCAUGACCCUGCGCGGGAGCAAGAUAGACUUAGGACCAAGGGAAGAUUGGGAGCCAUAGAGCUCGAAGGAUAUCAGUCCCUUGGAGGAUACUCGACAAUACAAGGUCUUCUUACACGAGUGAAGCUUGACAUGGCUCGCCGCACAGCUCUCAGUGACCCGCACAGCGCGAUAGACAUUUUGAAAGAAGAUGGAGGCGUCAUUCUGACUGGCUUCACAACUCCACGCGAGGUAGAGAAGGUCAACGCCGACGCCGCACCGUAUAUCAGCGCAAUCGUGAAAGAUCGCUUAUCACGUGGUCUUCCGCAAGGAGUAGCACGCUGCCAUCGCCUCUUCGGGCGCAGCGAAACGGCUCGCGAGAUCUGGCUCCAACAACCAGACCUGCUCAAAAUUCUCAACCAUUUCCUGAGCACUGUCUCUCAGCCGUAUAACUUCGAAGAUGGCGUGGAGUUGUCUACGGGUCCCAUUCUCUCGGCAGCAACGACGCUGGACAAUGGACCCGGUGUAAAACAGCAGGGCUUGCACCGCGACGACUACAUCUGGCAGCAAACCCACCGUGGUCAUCAGGGAAAUGAGUAUGCGUUAGGCUCGGAUGUUGGUAUGGCAGUCCUCGUUCCCGGGUCGGCUACUACUGUUGAGAAUGGGGCUACUCUGUUCAUUCCCGGGUCCCACAUGUGGGACCACUCCAGGCGUCCAAAGACCGAGGAGGCGGUAUCAGCUGAAAUGAGCUUGGGCGAGGCGUUUGUUUUCUUGUCCUCUACCGUCCAUGGUGGCGGCGCAAAUUCGACCCCCAAAAGUAGACCUGUGCAUGGCUUCUUCUUUUGUCGCUCAUACAUACGGCCAGAGGAGAACCAGCAUUUAUGGUGGACCAGGGAAGAGGUCCGGAAAUGGUCUCGAGCAGCUCAAAAGCAGGCGGGAUACAUUCUUGACAAUCCCUAUCUUGGGCACUGUGAUGAGAAAAACCCCAUUGAUGCGGAGCGCGACCAGGACAGACAGAUUUCCAGCUAG